CGCGUGCGCGUGAACAAGGCGUGUGAGCGGUGCCGGCUCCACAAAAUCAAAUGCUCCGGCCGGUACCCGUGCUUGAACUGCCAGAAACAUGACCUGGCGUGCCGGUACCGGGCGCUGAUUCCCGUGGAGUCGGCGCCGAGAGCCGAGGAGGAAGGGUCGUCUCCCGCUAAACGGGCCCACUGCAGCGAGCCCUCUGUGCAUGCGUCGGACGCGGCAUACGUGCGCUACUUGGAGCACAAGGUGCGGCACCUCGAGGCAGUGGUGUCAAAAGGCGCGUUCCACGGGCCCUGCGUCGACAACACGGGCCUGCCGUACAAGCUCGACGACAUUGUCGUGAUCCAGCGGCCCACCAGUAGCAAGUGGCGGCUCUGCCGCCGCUACCAGGCCGCGUUGGCCAUCGAGCUCUGCUCGUCGCUAUACAAUGGCCUUUCGCCUGAGGCACAGGCACAGGUGCACAUCCCACGCACCAACUACUUUGGCUUCAACAUGUCCGGCUGUCACUACCUUCGGCCCGACGCGCUACCGCCGUUUCCCGACCCCGCGGAGCUCUCCUCCGAGCACCGCGAGGUGCUCAUUGACUUCUUCUUCAAGGAAAUCAACCCACUCUACGCGAUAGUGCACGAGAGCGUGUUCCGCGAACAGUACAAAGCGUUCCGUGACGUGCUCCCCGAGGAACGGCCCACCAACAACGUGGCCUUGUUUGCGGCCAUGCUCAGCCUCAUCCUUGCCUUGGGCAUCCGCUUCAUGGAGUUCAUGAAACCCGCGGGCCCCGCCAGGGCCCAGUUACUCGUUGAGGAAACACUCUACAAAUACGCGCAUCUGGUCCUCCUGAUCUUCUCCGCCGAGUGGGAGUCGUUCGAGCUCAUCCAGUGCUGGCUUCUCUCGACGCUCUACUUACGCAUCUCGCACAGGCAAACGUCGUGCCACCUGAGCUUUGGGCAUGCACUCAACAUGUGCCGCUCUAUGGGGCUUGGCAAGUACGACCAGAUACCACAUGAUAGCUCGGCGUACGAGGUUGCCAAGGCGAAGCGCAUAUUCUACGCAGUCUACUCGUUCGACCGCAUCAUUGGAUUACAGGGCGGCCGCAUCAGCGGCAUGUGUGAGGAUGAGAUCAAGCGCAUGUUUCCGCUGCUCGACUUCGAGAAGGAAAGCGCAAAUGACGACUGGAUCACCGUGCCGGCGUUCGCCAUGUUGCACAUAGCACGUCUUGCCCACUACUUGAACUUGGCGUACUCGAACAACCACGACUUGAUCACCGCCGAGAAAAUGACACGCGAGUUUGACGAAGUGCGAGAGUGGCUCGAUACUAACGGGUUCGACGACGAGGAAGACAUCUACGGGCCAGACGCGCCAAAUGCCGAGGCCUCGUCUUUGAUCAAGGCGCAAGUGAAGCUACAUUUCUACGAGUUGAUCCAAUGCAUCCAUGCCAAGAUGCUCUUCGGCAUCUUCGGGCACCGAGUCUCGAUCGAAGGGAUGAAAAUCUCCACGAUCUUGCAGUGCAACAAAGACAUCAUCUACCUCCUCAAAAAGGUGCUCGACUCGGGCGGCCUUUACGCGCCCUGGUAUCUCACGCUCCAGCUCAUCCUCACUGUGGGGGUCAACAGCCUUGUGUUUGUGAACGGGGGGAUCCACGUCGCAGAAUCGCGUCGGCUAAUAAAAGACACAAUGGCCGUUCUACAGGUAAUACGGGAUUCUCCCGUGUAUGAUGAAAACGGUGAAUUGAUUUUCAAACUGCGGUUCCGCAUGGUUGAGGAAUGCCGCUGGCUCUUCAAGAUGAUGAACCACAUCAUGUCUCUUCACUACCAAGAGUCACUCAAAGGCAUCCGCGAGCUUGGCACAGAUCAUGGCUCGUCGGCGGUCAAU